AUGAACAGUAACUCUUACUUGAACAAGGUAAGAAAACAAAGUGUAAUUUUUGUGCCAGGUGCAGGUCAUUGGCUGAUGGCAUACAGAGAGACAGAGGAGCAGACGAACAGGGCCACCCACAGGAGAGUAAAGGAGAAUUUUUGUCAAGAAGUAAAGAAGGCCGACCCACCCUGUGGCUUCACAUUAGAUCGACAAUUCUUGCUGCAGCUGCAUUGUGUGGAUGAGCCGGCUCAGCUCUGCUCAGUCAAUGUCAGUGAGCAGAAACUGAAAACUGUCAAGCCAGAAGACUUAAGAGAGUUUGAAAAUGUAGCUUCCAUCGAUGCAUCCAUUAACUCCCUCUGUUUAGGGUCUUUCAGUUGUUUUGCAUCAUUGAGAGAACUCAUUCUGUCUCUAAAUGGAAUUUGCAACAUGACAUUUGAGGCUUCUGAUUUCCCACAUCUUCAGGUUUUAGAUUUGUCCUACAACAGUUUAUCAGGGAAGGAUAUAAUCUCUCUCAGUCGGCUUCCACAACUUAAAGUCCUUCAUCUCACUGGAAAUCAGCUCCAUCAUCUUCCUCCUGAUCUGGGUUCUUUGAGCUAUGACCACACUCAGCUGCCGGCUGCCGAUCGAGACGGAGGCUUUGAAGCUCUUGAAGUCCUGAUGCUUGAUGAAAACAAACUUUCCUCUGGAGUCUUCUACAGUCUAAGAAAUCUGAAGAGGGUUAAGCAUCUAAACCUGCAGGGGAACCGCAUUUCUGAAAUCCCGUACUUGACCACCUAUUCAAAAUCUGUGGAGAUAUCUGACAAAGAAGAGAAGGACCCUCACACUGAGGAACAUUUGAAGACAAUCGAGACUUUCCCCACAGACAGUUUGGAGGAGGAGUGUAACGGAGCUGGUGCACCGCUACCAGAACUCCAGCUGCUCAAUCUAGCAAACAACAAGAUUGCCACAGAGGAAGCUCUGGUUACUGCCGCUCUUUUUCCGAAGCUGCGGGAAAUAGAUAUUCACUCCAACCCCCUGACCACACAGAGGAGUGGGGACCCUCCCUUUCUGACCUUUUACCUCCAUGAGAGACUGGGGAUAGAAAUUAAGCGGAAGCAAGCCCCUGAGGUUCAGAAGCCUCCACUGAAGGUUUCCACUCAUUCAAAAUGGAAGGUGGAAGAGAAAAUUCCAAAGGUGUCAAAGAGGCCGUUGUCAGUGAGCACAGCUUGUCCCACACAAACCCAGACGGACAAAUGUGAAACGGAUGUCAAAAUAACGCCAAGAUUUGAGGGCAGGAGCGGCAGCAUUGUUCCAGAAACCAGAGAGCACUUCUUUAUGACGGAGGCAGACCAUGAACCUCAGUCUGAAUGUGAGCCUUCAUCUGGAGAGAGAGAAGCUGCUGACAACAGGCACAAAUGCAGGACCGGUCCCGAACAGUCCUCAUGCUCUGAAGUGAUGAUGGAUGCAAAAGCAAUUCCUGAUGUUUUGAAGUCCUUGGAAAUUCAGACAGCUGUUCGGAUGCUGGAGCACACAGUGAGGAAUCUUCAUAUCUACAGAGAAUCCAAACCAAAACUUGAUAGCAUCCAGACAUUGUACAAAAGAAAGGAGAAAAAGGUUAGAUAUUUUUCCAUGCACACAAUGGAUUCACAGUCGCACCGCCGCUUUCAGUGUCUUCUGAAUCUCUCACUACUGCUACCUCCUAAUCCAACGCAGCAGCCACAGCCUCACCUUGCUCUGUUCACCACUGUUGUCCACACAGGCAGCGCUAUUCACAGCACAGGCGGGAACGCGGGGGAAUGUAAGGAGGCUCUUUCUCUGCUCAGCGAUAUGAAGAAAAAGUACAUGAUGGUUCAUGAGAAAACGAUCAAAGAAGUGGCCAGCGUUGACCCCGACAGAAUCCCAGACCAAGGCGGGCCUGAACCUCCGCCCCAGCAAGCACUUUAA